UCUCGAGGUUGAUAUCAUGAAGGCAAGUAAGGCGAAGGCCGAGGAAUUACAUGCCGCCAAGGAAGAAUAUGCCGUCAAGCUAUCAGCUGAGCAGUCAAAGACGAAAACAGCUGAGGAGCGAUGUUCAAAGCUUGAGAAGGAAUUAGCACAGAAAGAUAAGCAAAUAUCACAAAAGGCUGAAGAAUUGGAAGAGUCUCGUGCACAAUUGGAUGAAAAGGAAGAGCAAAAAUCAGCUACUCAAACGGAACUCGAUGAUCUUCUAAUGGUCUUCGGUGACAUAGAAGAGAAGGUUGAGAAAUAUAAGAAACGACUCAUUGAUCUAGGCGAAACCGUAUCAGAUGGAGAAGACGAAAAUGAGGACGAUGAUGACGAAGACGAAAACGAAGACGACGACGACGACGACGACGUUGAUUAGAUAACCUAACCUAGGUACCUAUUUACCUAAAGAACCAU